AUGGUGCGGACAGACGUUGCACGCUACCGUCCGAAGAGCAGGUGCUGCUGCUGCAGCGACAAGGCACCAAGCAUCAGCGACUCCAUGCGAGUGCGCGCGGAGAAUCACAGGCGAGCGCGGAGGUUCACGGACGCGACGGCGACGUACCUCCAGCCGGCCGUGGCCCUCGGGCCGGCGUGUCUCUGCGAGGUCGCCCCCGCGUUUCGUCGCAGAGGCAGAUGGCCAGAAAUCGUCAGGCCGGGCAGGCACAACCGCACAAUGAUCGUCCUGCCGCGUGCGGGGGUUGCUUUCUUCGACUCUGAAUUCAAUGGUGGAUGCAAGUUGUUGGAUGUAUCUUUAGACUCAAAUGCUUGUCUGGAGUACCGACCAGAGAGUUGA